CCCUCAACGUACAGCAUCGUAUGAGACCUGAAAUUGCCGCCUUGAUGAAACAUAUCUAUGACGAUCUCGAAAAUCACGAGUCGGUAGAGAAAUAUGAAGACAUCAAAGGAAUCAAGAAGAACAUGUUCUUCAUCAACCACAGUCAUUUGGAGAAUCAUUGUGAAGAUUCCCACAGUCACGUGAAUGACUACGAGGUUAAGUUUGUGGUGGCCUUGUGUCGUUAUCUGUUGCAGCAAGGUUAUGAAGCCCAUCAAAUUACCCUUUUGACAACAUAUACGGGACAAAUGUUUGCCAUCAGAGGCUGCCUUCAAAAAAAAGAAAUUGAAGAGCUCAACCAAGUGCGCCUGACAACAGUCGACAACUUUCAAGGUGAAGAAAACGACGUCAUUCUUCUCUCGCUCGUGCGGAGCAACAAAGAUGACCAGGCUGGCUUCAUCAAGAUGGAAAACCGUGCAUGCGUGGCGCUCUCUCGUGCUAGAAAGGGCUUUUACUGUAUUGCAAACUUCACCCUUCUCUGCAAACACAGUGAAGUCUGGAGCAAGAUUAUUGAGGAUUUGAAAGCGAGUGAUAGCUUUGGCGCGUCCUUACCCCUUAUCUGUCAAAGCCACAAUGAAGAGAUCACAGCAGAAACAGCCGAAGAUUUCGAAGAGAAAGCUCCUAACGGGGGAUGUCAGCGUCCUUGCGAAGUGCGCCUGGAUUGCGGUCAUGCCUGCAAACGAUCAUGUCACCCAUAUGAUGUCGAUCACUUGGAGUAUCAGUGUGGAGAGCUGUGCGUUAAGAAAAUCGUUGGCUGUGACCACACGUGUUCAAAGUUUUGCUGGCAGAAAUGUGACACAUUCUGUCAAAAGGUGGUUGAGAAGACUCUGCCUUCCUGUGGACAUAAGACAACAGUGAGAUGUGGCAAGGAUUUGAACAAGGUCCAGUGCAAAGAACAAUGCGAAAAAAUUCUACCCUGUUCCCACCGCUGUCAGAGCCACUGUGGUCAACCUUGCACAAGAAACUGCCAAGAGCUCGUCAAGAGAACAGAUUGGCCAUGUGGACAUGAAGUCAGCAUUGCUUGCUCGGCAACACCGGCAGAUUGCACAACCCUUUGUCAGGACGUUUUGGAAUGCGGCCACCAGUGCCCUGGAACCUGUGGCCAGUGUCGCAUGGGUCGAGUUCACGUGCGUUGCAAGAACAGGUACAAGCAAGUACUGGUUUGUUCUCAUGAGUACACGUCAUCAUGCACAAAAUCCUGCCCGCCAUGUACGUUGCCGUGCGAAAACCGAUGCAGUCAUUCGGCUUGCAAAAUGCGCCUUUUUGGGGAAGCGUGCAGUUAUUGCACCCAUAAGUGCGAUUGGAAUUGUCCCCAUUUUAGAUGUAACAAGUUAUGUGGUGAAUUGUGCGAUCGCCCAAGAUGUAAUCAGCCCUGCAAAAAGUUCCUCAAGUGCGGAGGUGGGACUCAUCGCUGCCGAGGCUUGUGCGGAGAGAAGUGCAUUUGUGCCGUGUGUGACAAAAACAAUGGCCGCUCAAUCACCGAAAUAUUUUUCGGUGGAGAAGACGAAAAAGGUGCACGUUUCAUUCAGCUUCCGGACUGCGAACAUAUCUUCGCAGUAGAAGAUCUUGAUCGCUACAUGGAUACGUCCCAUCUCGACGAAGAGAGCUGUGAUGUGAUUCAACUGAAAACCUGUCCUCUAUGUAAGAGGGGGAUCCGUAAGAGCCUGCGAUACGGUAAUAUUAUUAAACAGCAGUUGCUUGACAUUGAAGAAGUCAAGGCCAAGGUCAACGGGAAACCGGUUGAGAUUGAGGUUGCAAAGAAAGACUUGGAAACAAGUUUGAGAGCUUUGAAGCCGACACUUGAGUCGGAAGAUGAAGAGAGAGACUGGGACAUACUAAUGAAACGUGUGA